UACACCGCAGUGACCAGUUGGCCGCGUCUGAUUGGUCGGCUCGAGCCGCCGUUGCUGACAGUUGUUUUACCGCCUCUCUUCGGGGGGGAGGCGGACGGGUUUCUGUCGUGUUUUCGGCUCCGGGGGCGUUAAUAAUAAAACAAACAACACCGGGCGGAAGGCAAGAGAAACGCGGCUUUAAAUCAGCUCCAAAACGAGCGGGAAAGCCGAGGGGGGGAAAGAGAGACCGGAAGUGACGCUCACGGUUUCCGGUUCCUGCACAGGGGUCAAGAUGGCGGCGGGUGGUGGUGGUGGCGGCGAUCGCGCUUCGUGCCGGCUCCUGGCCUCCCUGCCCGCGGCUCUCGUGCUCCUCCUCUCCCUGGCCGCGGGGAGCUGCACCGGGCGGACCCUGGUGCUCCUGGACAAUGUCAACAUGAAGGAGACGCACUCCAGGUUCUUCGGGAGUUUGUUGGAUCGUGGAUUCGAGCUCUCGUUUAAGACUGCGGAUGACCCCAGUUUGUCUUUGAUUAAACAUGGAGAAUUUCUUUAUGAUCAUCUCAUCCUUUUCUCACCAUCUGUGGAGGAUUUUGGUGGCAACAUCAACGUGGAAACCAUUGCCGCAUUCAUUGAUGGAGGAGGAAAUGUCCUGAUUGCUGCAAACUCUGAUAUUGGUGAUCCUUUACGAGAACUGGGGAGUGAAUGUGGCAUUGAGUUUGAUGAAGAGAAAACCGCUGUCAUUGACCACCAUAACUACGAUAUCUCCGACCCUGGCCAUCAUACCCUGAUCGUGGCUGAUACAGAACAACUGCUGAAGGCUCCCACCAUUGUGGGAAAACCAGCAAAGAAUCCCAUCCUAUUCCAGGGAGUUGGCAUGGUCGCGGAUCCUGACAACCCUCUGGUGUUGGAUAUUCUGACAGGAUCCUCCACUUCCUAUUCGUUCUUCCCAGACAAACCCGUCACACAGUAUCCUCACGCUGUGGGGAAGAAUACACUACUAAUCGCUGGCCUCCAGGCCCGGAACAACGCUCGUGUGGUCUUCAGUGGCUCCCUAGAUUUCUUCAGUGACGCCUUCUUUAACUCUCCUGUGCAAAAAGCUACACCAGGAUCAGAGAGAUAUUCCCAAACUGGGAACUACGAGCUGGCAAUCGCCCUGUCUCGCUGGGUGUUCAAAGAGGAAGGUGUUCUCCGUGUCGGGAAGGUUUCUCAUCACCCUGUGGGAGAGACCAAGCCACCCCACGCUUACACCAUAACCGACCUGGUGGAGUACAGUAUUGUCAUUGAGAAACUGUCCAAUGGGAAAUGGAUCCCGUUUGAUGGAGAUGACGUGCAGCUGGAGUUUGUUCGUAUCGAUCCCUUUGUGAGGACUUACCUGAAAAAGAACGGAGAUAAAUACAGUGUGCAGUUCAAACUACCUGAUGUCUAUGGAGUUUUCCAAUUUAAAGUGGAUUACAAUCGACUUGGGUACACUCACUUCUACUCCGCCACUCAGGUGUCCGUCCGUCCCCUUCAGCACACACAAUACGAGCGUUUCAUUCCCUCGGCAUACCCAUACUACGCCAGUGCCUUCUCCAUGAUGAUCGGACAUUUCCUCUUCUCCGUGGUGUUCUUGCACAUGAAGGAAAAGGAGAAGGCAGAAUGAGCUAGGACGAACUAGCGCGUCGCGGAGAAUUUCUAAAGCUGGAAAUUUUAGUUUAGGUUUAAAUUGGUGAUGGGCUUGUACAGACACAGACACGCUCCGGGCUGGAAUUUACAUGCACUGGGACCAGACCUGCACCAUCUUGAGAGCCACCAAGUUGGCAGGACACACAUCCCCAAUACUGCUGCUGAUUCAAUGGUUGUGGACGAGCUGAAUGUGUGACUUCUCGUGUACUGGGUGAUGUAGCUGUACAGUUGUGAGCCUGAUCUUUCCAUUUGGAGGAUUAAUUUACUGAUUUUUUUUGUGUGUGUGUGUGUGCAGUUAAGAAGAAAAGAUCUAGAAAAGCUGCCUUAAAGUUCUAAACCUUUUGGGGUUGGCUUGCAAGAGUUCGACUGUUGAAGCUUUUUUGUAUCACUAGUGCUGAUCAGAACAUCCUGUUUCAAGUUAUUAAACCACUCUGCCUCCUGGUUGAGGCCUGUUACCAGUCUGAAGAAGAGAUUAAAAUGAGCCAGAGGAAAUUUUUAUAUUCGGAUUGAUCUGAUAAAACAUUUUAAUUUGGAAUGCCUCCUCCAAUUGCUCCUAGCUGCGUUUCCACAUUAACGUAUGUCUGCUUUGAGAUUCAUCGUCCAGACCGUGAAAAAUAAAAUUUAACAUUCCGCCUGUUGA